AUGCGUCAUCUAGUUUCGAUUAAAGAUUUGAGUGACAGGGAAUUAGAAGUUUUAGUGGAUAAGGCUGAGGAGUACAAGAGAAUUUUCAAGAGACAAGAUAUCAAUGAAGUGCAAAAGAAUCAUUUGAAGUUAUUGGGGAGGACUGUUGCAUUGAUUUUCAGUAAAAGAUCAACUAGAACAAGAAUUUCCACUGAAGGUGCAGCAACAUUCUUCGGUGCACAACCUAUGUUUUUAGGUAAGGAUGAUAUUCAGCUAGGUGUUAAUGAAUCAUUUUACGACACAACAAGAGUUAUAUCUUCAAUGGUUUCUUGUAUCUUUGCUCGUGUUAAUUCGCAUGACGAAAUUCUUAAAUUGGCUAGAGAUUCCCAUGUACCUAUUAUCAAUUCUCUUUGUGAUAUGUACCAUCCAUUGCAAGCUAUUUGUGAUAUGUUGACCAUUAAAGAAAGCUUAAACUACAAGAAAAACAAACUUAAAGUAGCAUGGAUUGGUGAUGCUAACAAUGUUGUUAACGACAUGGCAAUUGCAUGCUUAAAAUUGGGCAUGGAUUUUACGGUAUCAACUCCACCAGGUGUGGAAUUAUCGCCAAUUAUUGUAAAUGCUGCUGAAGAAAUCUCAAAAAAUAACGGUAGUAAACUGGUCUUAACUCAUGAUUCAGUGGAAGCCGUAAAGGGUGCGCAUGUCUUAGUUACAGAUACCUUUGUAUCAAUGGGUGAGGAAUAUGCAAAGGAAGCAAAAUUGAAACAGUUCAAAGGUUUCCAAAUUAAUCAAGAAUUAGCUCAACAUGCAGAUUCGAAUUACAAAUUCAUGCAUUGCUUACCAAGACAUAAGGAAGAAGUCACCGACGAAGUCUUUUACAGUGAUCAUUCCAUUGUUUUUGAUGAAGCUGAAAAUAGACUUUAUGCAGCUAUGGCCGCCAUCGACGUUUUUGUAAUCAACAAGGGAGAUUUUGACGCUUAG